GUUCUGUGUGCGGGAAAAACGUGGACGAGUUUGGCGGGGGGGGAGCACAGAGCACCUCCGUUUGCUCUCCAAUUACUGUACGUCCAGCAAAUUCCACUUUUCAAGUCAUGGAGGCAGAACAGAUUAUGGAGGGACAGCCACAGGUUCCAGAAAAUCCCCAUGCUGAAUACGGUCUCACUGAAAAUGUAGAGAGGAUAGUAGAAAAUGAGAAAAUAAAUGCAGAGAAAACAUCAAAGCAGAAGGUGGAUCUUCAGUCGUUACCCACACGUGCCUACUUGGAUCAGACAGUCGUACCUAUCUUGCUACAGGGACUUGCUGUUCUUGCAAAAGAGAGGUAA